AUGAACCUCCAUGGCAUCCUCCUCCAUUUGAGCUUGCUGUUACCAUCAGCGACAGCCUUCUCAACUCGCAGUUUGGUUCGUCCAACUGGAAUCCAAAGGAGUGGAUCACCAAUCUACAGUUCCACUGCCAGCACGAUCGACACCGAUUGUACUUUCACCCCCAUCUUUGACUUUGCCGACGUUGGAUCGAAUGCGACCUCAAACUUUGAACGAAUUGAUGACGCCAUCAUGGGUGGAAUUUCGUUAUCAAGUAUCCGACAGAACCCUGACGAAGAGUUUGCAAGAUGGUCCGGAAUUUGUCGGCUAGACGGUGGAGGCUUUUGUGGUACUAGAACAUUACCUUUCAAAUCUGCUUUUCAGGUUGGGGAUGCAGACGGAUUCUACGUGCUAUGUCGUUUGACAAGUGACGAUGAGCCUGAUCGUCGUGUAUGGAAAUUGACAACUCGAUCGGAAGCCUCUAGAAGCGAGCAACUGUACCAAGUAAUGUUUGACCUACCAGCUUCCACAGGGGAAGAAAAUGACUGGAACCUUGUCAAGGUUAAAUUCUCGGAUUUCGUCCAGGUUCGCGGACCUAGAGUCGUCGAAGGUGGACCAAAAUUGAAUUCGUCAGCCAUCUUUCAAAUUGGAAUGGCAUUGAGUAAAUUCAAGAUCUCAUCGACCGGGGAACAGAUUGAGAACUUUCGACCUGGAUAUUUCGAGCUUCAAGUGAAAGAAAUCGGGGCAUUCCGAGAGGGCAAAAAUCCGUUGACACUUGAAUUCCCAGGUACUCUUGAAAAAGAGGAAGCAGAAAAGAAGAAGCCGCUACCUCUGAAGGUUUUGGGACCUGUUGCCAAGGUUUUCUUCAGCGAAAAGAGGAGACGCAGUGCCUCAGCAAUGAGAAUCCUAAAGAAACGCGGCUACUCGACGCUUGGAGCCAUGAAAUUUGGAGUGAAAGUUCGAGCUCGAGCGACUGGGUGGCCAUCAGCGAUAAUUCACACGAUGACAAGUCUGGCGACGGAAAUAUUGCUUCAAUCUUUUACUUUCACCCUGAAGCUAUUACUCGUAUACCCCAUUCAGCUGAUUCGAAAACUAACGAAAGUGUUUUCUAAAUCCAAGUCUGAAGCACCAAAGCAAUAG